GGUUGUUCUCCUCACCUCUUACGUUCCGCCUGAUGGACACUUUCCGGGCUUCCAGUCAAUCGCAAUUGGUGUGACUUUCGACUGUCUCAGUUGCUCCUGAGCUCAGUUCAAUUCUGAGCCGGACCCUUUCUCACUCAAGCAGAACGCUUCACAGUCUUAAGUGUGAACUUUGACCACGUUAUUUGGAAACAUUUUUAUUUGCUUUAAUGUGAGGGAGUUAUGGAGAACAUUACCUGUCACAUACAACCGAAAAUGAGCUGGCCACGCCACGAUUCGAUGAUACGAUAAGGAAAGUAAAAACCUAAAACAACAGUCGGCACUAAUUAUAGCGCUUUAGAGGGCAGUGAGUUGGACUAGGUCCGAUUUAGUCACGGAUCGACCGCCAUGCGAAACGCGAUCUGGGUUCUCGCAGUGCUCGGGGCUUUUUCGCUCGACGGCUCCUGGGUUUCGGGAGGAUUCCUGGAGGAUAACUAUCCCUCCAGCGUGAUUGAGGAUGCCCACCUGACCACAAUACAACUGCUGGAGAAGUACAAGCAUCCGGCGGAGUCGCAUCAGGUGACCACGGAGGACAAGUAUGUGCUGACCCUCCACCGCAUUCCCCGACCGGGAGCCAAGCCAGUGCUCCUGGUUCAUGGCCUGGAGGACACCUCUGCCACCUGGAUUAUGAUGGGUCCACACAGUGGCCCUGGCUACUUUCUCUACGCCAACGGAUACGAUGUGUGGCUGGGCAAUGUGCGGGGGAAUCGCUACUCCAAGGGCCAUGUGAAACUGAAUCCCAACACGGACAAGGCCUAUUGGAGCUUCUCGUGGCACGAGAUCGGGAUGUACGAUCUGCCGGCCAUGAUAGAUGGGGUGCUGGAGAAGACGGGAUACCAGAAACUGAGCUACUUCGGCCACUCCCAGGGAACCACCUCGUUCUUCGUGAUGGCUUCGAGCAGACCCGAGUACAAUGCGAAGAUCCAUGUGAUGAGUGCUCUGGCUCCUGUGGCUUUUAUGAAACAUAUGAAGGCACCCCUGAUGGGCAUGGCCCGCAUGGGAAUCAACAUGUUUCGUGAAAACUCUGAGCUACUUCCACACUCCUUUCUGUUCUUCAACCAGUGCUUUUCCUCCGCUGGCAUGCUGAAGACCUGUAUGCGAUUCUAUUGGCAGAUUGUGGGGAAGAAUCGGGAGGAGCAGAAUAUGACCAUGUUUCCGCUGGUGAUGGGCCAUAUACCUGGUGGCUGCAAUGUCAAACAACCGCUGCAUUAUUUACAACUACAGACCAACGAUCGUUUCUGCCAGUUCGACUACGACCCCAAGGAAAACCAGCGCCUAUAUGGACAGCCAUCUCCGCCGGAUUACCGCCUGGAGAGGAUCACCGCUCCGGUGGCCCUGUACUUCGGCAGCAAUGACUACCUGGCGGCGGUGGAGGAUGUCCAGCGGUUGGCGAAGCUACUGCCAAAUUUGGUGGAGAACCAUCUGUACCGCAAGUGGAACCACAUGGACGUGCUCUGGGCCAACAGUGCCAGGCGUUCGAUUCAGCCAAGGAUGCUGCAAGUGAUGCAGUAUUGGGAAGCCAACGAAGGACACUCGGAAGUCACUACAGGAUCAUCGGUGGAGGAGGAAGUGCCACUGUUGACCACAGAAACCUCGUUGGAUGGAAACCCGGAAGAGCAGGAGCAGGAAGCUGGGAGCAUUGCAGGGAAUGAGGAGCAGCGGGAAAAAGAUCAGGAGGAUCAGAUACAGAAAAAUGAUGAGAAAAUUACAGUUACCGAUCCCACUUCGGAGCUUUAGACUAAGCGUUGUAUUUUAUGCGGAAAAUAACUGGUGUUUAGAACAAUGUAAAAUGAUUGGUUUUAUGGUUCAUUAAAUGUAUCAUAAUUAGACACGGCA